ACUCUCUCUUUCCCAAUCACUCUCGCUCUUCCUCUAGUCAUCGCAUCUUCAUCCGAUCCAGGAACAGCUGUCUCCGCUAGCAUCAACUACAUAUAUCAAAACGCACUCUGUAUAGUUGAGGCAGCAAAGUUACUCCCAAUGACGAUGAGGUCGGCACCGUUCACAUACUGGAUAUUUUUCUUGGCAUAUAUAAUGACGUUUACAAGUGCCAAGUAUAAGCAGCCUCACAUACCGCUUCAUCAACGGAUGGAUCCUUCGCUUUUGAAAGAAACCUUCCAUGUUGACUCGUACGACCAAGUUCCACCUUAUGAAGUGGUACACCUAAGAUCGGUGUCCAAGCGCAGUGCAGAUGCUGAAUCCAAUGGAGAAAUAAAACACGUUCACCUUCAGGCUUUCGGUCGCGAUAUGCAGUUGAAUCUACAUCGCAACGACGAGUUUGACGAUCGUCUUAAAUCGAUGAAGAUGUAUCUAGCUGAGAGUACCAAUAAUGGCAUUCAGUACAAGGAAAUGCCUGAAGAGGAUGAUGAUCCAGGCACAACAUAUCAUGACCUGGAGCAGAUGGCAGCGGUCACUAUCAGGCAAGGCGCCGAUGGGAAAAUGCAGAUGGAAGGAACCAUUGGCAACGAUCUGGUUGUGAAACCUGUGCCAACGGCCAUUUUGAUCCCUGAAGAUGGAUUUGUUGACGAUGAAAUGUUCUUAGACGAAGACGAGAGCUAUGAACGCACACGGAACAGCAGUCACCAGCGGAACGUUGCAAACGCAUCCAGAUCAUGGCGACCUACUUCAACAACAAGAGCUGGUGCACAUGUCAUCUACAAAGGACAGAUGAUAUCUAAUGACUCGCACAGCGACUUCCUUCCUUUGGAUUCCGUUCGUGGUCAUUUCGGCUGGACUGGAGCCGAGAGUCGUUCAAGAUCCACCUAUGGAAGACGGAUGCGGAGGGCUUUGGUUCCAGCCUCCGUGUGGCCUGAAAUUUUGUUGCUGGUGGAUUACGGAAGCUUUGUCUUGCAUGGUCUGAGCAGCAGGCACAUCAAAAGAUACUUUGUGAGUUUCUGGAAUGGGGUGAGUAUAAGUCAUAACUAUGGCAAUCCGUGA